CACAUCCGAACGGCAUUCAAGCACCUCUCCUCUCUUCGUCUUCGCUCAUUGAUGCCUUCUGCAAAUCACUACCACCUCUUUUCAAUUUCCAGUCCCGCGCCGCGCAGCGGUGGCCGAAAGGAACAUCAACUUCGUUUCCGUCUUUGCUUGCUCGUGCGAUGUAUGGCUGGACAAUUUCCAGCUGCUGCCGCGACCAACAAGUCCGUUAAGGUUUAGAGCUUGCCAGAUCGUUCUGAGAUUCUAUUGUUGUUCUCGAGAAGCUACAGUUGAAGUGUAUGGUUUAUGGAUCCGAAUGAUCUCUCUACUUAAUGGAAAGAUCGAAGUUUGCAAGUGAAAGCUCUCUAGUGAAUACCUUAUGUGCAAUUGUAAUCAAGGGAUACUGGGACAAACUUUUGAGCCCUAAGAUUGGUUCACUUGUGACAUCAUCUAUAAUAAGUCAAACAUUAUUGAAGCUUUCUCCAUAUGGUUUUCCAUCGCUGGUGUGGUCAUUCUUCAAAUGGGUUGAGACUGUCCCACAGUACAAGCAUUCAUUGCAGUCUUCUUGGAACAUGAUUUGCAUUCUCACAAAACAUAGACAUUUCACAAAAGCUCGAGAUUUACUUGAGAAGAUUGCUAAGAAAGAUUAUUUAUCAUCUCCGAGUGUUUUGAAUGCUCUUGUGAGUGUUGAUGUUGAUGCAGAUGUUAAUUCACAUGUUUUGAGUUGGCUGGUGAUAUUUUAUGUUAAUUCAAAUAAGAAUUCAGAUGCAAUCCAAGUAUUUGAGCAUAUGAGAGUGUGUCGGUAUAAGCCAGAUUUACAUGCUUGUACAGUACUUCUUAAUUCAUUGGUGAAAGAAAGGUCAAUAGAUACUGUAUGGAAACUUUAUAAGAAAAUGUUGAAAGUUGGGGUUUGUCCAAAUCUACAUGUCUAUAACGUUCUGAUUCAUGCUUGUUGCCGGUCGGGAGAUGUAGAGAGGGCCGAGAAGUUAUUGGUUGAAAUGGAGUCGAAAAAAAUUCUUCCCGAUCUUAUCACAUACAAUACGUUGAUUUCACUGUAUUGCAGGAAGGGCAUGCAUUAUGAGGUUUUGUCCGUUCAGGAUCAAAUGGAAAGAGGAGGGGUGUGCCCCGAUAUUGUAACUUUUAAUUUGCUUAUUUAUGGUUAUUGUAGAGAAGGGAGAAUGCGAGAGGCAAUGAAGCUUUUCAAGGAAAUUACAGGUGUUUCUCCCAACUCUGUGACGUAUACUACAUUGAUUGAUGGGUACUGCAGAGUUGGUGAUGUUGCUGAAGCCUUACAGUUACUUGAUACAAUGGAGACCAAGGGACUCUAUCUGGGGGUAGUGACAUAUAAUGCAGUUCUACGUAAAUUAUGUGAAGAGGGACGGAUACGAGAUGCAAAUAAACUUUUGAAUGAAAUGAAUGACAGAAAAAUAGUAGCGGACAAUGUUACAUGUAAUACGUUGAUUAAUGCUUAUUGCAAGAUUGGAGAUAUGAGAUCUGCUUUGAAAGUGAAGAACAAGAUGUUAGAGGCUGGGCUGAAGCCUGACCAGUUUACUUACAAGGCAUUGAUUCACGGAUUCUGCAAAGCAUGGGAGAUUGAAAAUGCUAAAGAAAUGCUAUUCAAUAUGCUUGGUGCUGGAUUUUCUGCAAGUAGUUGUACAUAUGCUUGGCUUAUGGAUUUGUACUGUGAGCGAAAUGAUGAUGAGGCCAUCUUGAAUUUACCUGAUGAGUUGGUACAGCAUGGUUUCUGUGCCGACAUAACUGUGUAUCGUGCAAUGAUUCGGAGAUUGUGCAAGAAAGAAAGAAUUGACUGCGGACAAAGAAUUUUCAAAGUUAUGCAAGCAAGGGGGAUAGUAGGAGAUGCUAUCAUCUGCACUAGUUUGGCUUUUGCACACUGGAGAGUUGGAGAUGUCGUUGCUGCUUCAGCCUUGUUCGAUGAAAUGUAUGAAAGGAGACUAAUGGUAACUUUAAAAAUCUUCAGAUGUAUAAAUGCUUCAUAUGCAAAGGAUGAAAGCUGCUUGAACCUUUUUUGGAGCACUGUACGUGACCGAGGCUUGAUUUCCAAAUCCAUUUGCCAAGAACUUCUGCAACUGGGUGAUCGGUGCUAGUAAAAUCUUGGAAUCAAGAAAGUUUGAAUCUGUUGCUCCUCGCACAUAAAUGAUGGUACCUCAGCUUCAACGUACUGUUUCAAACCAUUUGUUAAUUUGCAUCCUGCUAUCAGGUAAUACUGCAUUUAACCUUCUGAUAUCCUUCUCUAUUUUAGUUCUUGUUAUAUGUCCAUGUUUGGUAUUCUGAUUGAUAACUUUCCGAAAUUAUAUUUUUAUCCUUAACAAUUUAGCUUCUUGUUUCUGAUAAAAGCAAUAUAUGAAAGCAUGUGCGAGAUAACCAAUUUUUGUUGCUGUUGUACUGUCUUUGAAAUCAAUGGAGUGGAGGGUUUGUUCUAUUAUGGGAAACAUAUUUAACAUGUUGUCUUCGGAGCACUAAUUCAUUCAUUCUUUCACUGAGCUUACUAAAAAAGAAACAGAAAUCAUUGAGCACUAUCUUUGCAGUUUCUGAUAUGGAGCAUUCAUAUGUUAAUAUGUUACAAUAAUGUUCGAAGGAGCCUUUCUAGAAGUCAACCAAUGUUAGAAUUUCGUGAUAAGUAACAUGGUUUCUUAGAAUCAACAAUCUAGCAUCCACACAUAUGCAAGAUUAUCAGUCAGUUCUAAUGUAGCAUCUUUAGUAGAUGUCAUUGACAGAUUCAGAAAUUAUUCAAAUUCUGAAAAAUUCGUAUAAAAUAGAAGAACAUGGUAAUGAAAGGCCUUUUCUGUCUUUAUUUUAGACAGUAAUGUACAUAUAUAUAUAACUUAUGUAAAAAGUAAAGCAUAAAUGUUUAUAAAAAUGUAACAGCUACAGUUGCUUUAUUUGUGGCGAUUUAUAUAUGGAAUGGCGUGUUCUUUUAUAAUUUGAAUAAUAACGAAUAGCAGAACUUUCUAAGCAUAUAUUUGAUUGAUUCUGUAUGUGUAUACACAUCAUAUAUAUAUUAUAGAAUGACAAAAUGGCGCAACUGUCAAUGUGUCGUAGUUAGUUUCAGGGAUAUCGGAUAAUGUUUUAUGAGCUUGGAAUAUUAGAGUUUGGAGAGAGGAUACUGAUUGGGAAAAAGUACAUCCAAAAGUGGUAAAUGUCUCUGUCGGGAGUGGUAUAGAUUUUAGCUAUACAUAUCUAAGCAUCCAAAUAAUUCUCAUUUAGAUGCUCACUUUCAUCAUUUUUGCUGAAAUACUUCUUUUCCUGUUUUAUGGAGCAUUUGUUGUUGGAGCUAAAAAUCGCAGACUAUUAUAUGUGCCUUAGAUCUUACUCCCUCCAUCCCUAUAAUUAUAUCAGGUUUAUUUUUUUGUCCGUUAAAUUUAUGCGCGGUGCAUUUAUAGUAAACAAUUUCAUUCUGUCACAAUUUAAUUACAUUUACUUUAACAUAAUAAUCAAUGUACACCUAUUUUUUCAACCUAUCACAUCAUUUUUUUUUAUCAAUUUUUUAAUAAAUUUCCUAUAGUACUCACACUUUACUUUUUACUUACCUCACUUUUACGUUAAAAUAUCAUUAUUUCUUAAUCACGAUGCCCAAGCAAAGCGGCAUAAACAUCACAGACAGAGAAUAUUUAUGUAUAUCUUUUUAUGCCUCUCUUUUAUGCUUUUGGGCAUUCGUGUAUUUUUACCUAUGUAUCUUCUUGUUUCUGGAGUAACAUCUAACCCCCUAUCAUCAUUCAUUUAAUCACUUGCUCAUUUUCAUUAAAACCGAACUCUGCGAAAGCCUCAUAAUCGCCGGGCAAUACACUUUUUGCUCCAUUAUCUUGUUGAUAAAAGAUGCGUUGAAGAUCAUGAUCACAAUGUCAACUUGAACUUUCUUUUUGUCGUGCCGGAUGGACCUCUGGCGGACAAACUGCAGGAACAAGUAGGUUGAUUGCAGCAAUGUAGUGCUAGAAUUACUCCUCCAGGUUAUAAUGCCAAUGCUGCAGCUGGAAUUACCUGAAAUCAAUCUUCAAUCUCUGCAACCUAAACACUACAACUGGUAUAUGAUUAAUCAACAAAAGAUUAUCUUUUGGUGAUGAUAAUGGACAGAGGAGUAUCUGGGGUAUGCUUAUUCGAUCAAAUUUCCUUCCAGAAAUUUUUAUAAGGGUAUAUACUAAAACAAAAACAUAUGUUUUUCUUAUAAAAUAUUUAAAUAUAUAUAUAUAUAUAUUACUUAAACAAUGUCACAAUUCUAAAUACCUAAUAAUAAAAAUCUCAUUAUUGGGGUU